AAGGCUCUUCUAUAGGACAUGCGAUUUGUUUGUGUAAAGCAUACAAUCUGAUGGGUUCCCAUAUUAAUUGCUAUGGAAAUAAUCUCAGUCAAUAUUCUAGACGACAGAAACUUUAUAAUGCUAGUUUAGUAUUUAAACUCUUCCCAAUAUCCUUCCCCAUCCCCGGGAUUGCUCAAGACAGAAUAAGAAAUAUAAAGUAGGGAGAGCGAUCAAAAAGACCAGAAACUCCGUUAUGAAAAGAGGAAGGAGGCAUGGUUUCACUGGAUCGGAGUUGCCAAGUUUUUUUUUUUCUGUAAGUAUGGGUUCGACAGUUCAGAAUUUUAAGCUAUGGGACAUCUGCACGCUUCGGCAACGUUACGAUGACAUUUGAUCAGCUACUGGAAAGCACCCCCACCGCAUUACAUCUUAUUAAAGCUGUCGAAGUUAUUCAAACACAAACAUCGCACCGAAACUCGGACAAUGAUCAAGAUACACUUGCGCAUGAAGCAUUUGACUUUUUGCGUUUAAAAGCAGCCAAGCAGGGAGAUGUAGAAGCAAAAAUCAAACUGUGCACUAUAUUAGAAGACGAGUCGACGAGUGAUCCAAAUGAUAAGCGAGAGGCGGCGAUAUGGGCACGUAGUGUGUUUGAUCGUCGGCUGUCGGGUGCUAUUUUACCGUGCGUGACCGAGUUGGGUGCGAACAACACGGGAUCCCAGAGUUUGCUGGACACUGUAUUACAGCAAGCCAAUGAUGGACAGAAAACCAUGUGCCAUUUAGUAGGAUUGUUAUUUCUGGAUGGUAUUGGAUUGGAUCAAGAUACGUCCAAGGGCGUCAGUUAUUUACAGAAAGCCGCCGAUGCAGGACAUGAAGCUGCCACGGUCGAACUGGCGAGUAUUAUGAGCGAUCCGUUCAAGUACCCGAAUCAGUACAACUUGGAACAGAGUCUGGAACGGUAUGAAUCGGUGGCGUCCAAAACCGAGAGCCAGCGACGGACCAUGUCGGCAGCCGACGUACGUGCCUUGACGGAUCUGGCCCGUGUUUAUUAUGAAGGCAGUGAAACGUUACCACGUGAUAUCGAUAAAGCGUAUCGAUAUGCGCGUCGCGUAGCAGAGAAUGUUGGGGAGCAAUAUUGUCAGUUUAUUGUGGGCGAUGCGCUGUUACACUCAUUAGGCGGGAUUGCGGUGGACGUGCGACAGGCCAUUUUUUGGCUCACUCAGUCUGGGGAGCAGGGAUUCCCAUUGGCGGUGGAAACGUUGGCGCGGAUCUACUUUGAAGGUCACAUCAAAGGCAUCCAACGUGACUUUGAGCAGGCUCAUUACUGGUGUAUGAAAGGUGACGAUCUGUGGCCCUCCGGACUGGGCUAUUGCCAAACAUGUCUAGGCGAUAUGUACCGUGCAGGCAUGGGCGUGCCCAAAGAUCUCAUGCGGUCCUUUGAAUACUAUCAAAAAGCCGCCAGUCAGCAAGAUGCACCGCAGAAUUAUGCACGUUACAUGCUCGGCGAAAUGUAUGUGUGUUUUUUUUUUCUUUUUCCCAUACGAGCUCAAUGUUAUUGCAUUGGAAACAUGCGGGAAACAUAGCAACUCAAUGUAUG